AUGGCAUCCUUCCUUCCCGCAUCCGAAGGCUAUCUGCCUCUGUUCGUCCUUUUCGUCGGUGUUACUGCCCUAGGAAAUGCUGUUCAGUGCUAUAACACCAUGUCCUACACCCGCCGUGUCUACCCUGGCCAGGCGGCCUCGAAGAGCUCCAGAUCCACGCCCUCAGAUGUGGCGUCGACCUCCCCAGCUACGCCCCUCUCCUCGAGAACCUUUGGAACGUGGACCGCAGCCGUUGGAAUAGUGAGGAUCUUUGCCGCAUAUCACAUCAAUGAGCCAGCGUGGUACCAGCUGCAAAUGCUGACCAACGUGGUGGGAUUGGUUCACUUCGGGCUGGAGGCAUUCGUGUACAAGACCAGCCCUCCAUCUGGCCCCUGGCUGGCACCCGUGUGUGUGGCCCUGAUCGGAGAAAUCUGGAGCAUCGCACAGUAUAAUUUCUACGUGAGGUAG